AUGGGAGCACAGAUGAAGAGAAAGAGGAACAGGGUUCCUCUCAGUUGUACUAUCUGCAGAAAGCGGAAGGUGAAAUGUGACAAAACAAGGCCACAUUGUCAGCAAUGCAGCAAAACCGGGGUGGCACACCUAUGCCACUACAUGGAGCAGACUUGGGCCGAGGAGGCAGAGAAGGAGCUAUCGAAAGAAUCAGAGCUCAAGCAGCUACGUGAACGAAUUAAAGCGCUUGAGGAGACGUUAGCAAAAAUGCACUCAGCAAGCAGUAACACGCCUGAAAGUGCGUCGGUUGCUCUCGAAGAGCCUCGUGUUUUUCAAGAGUCUAAGUUAAUACAGGAGCCCAAGCUUCUGCAGAGUAAUAAAUACGAUAAUGAUGAGCUAGACCUCUCGAGGCAGUUCGACAUGUUGCAUUUAAAAAAUAACGGUACAGUUCAUCUUGGGGCAACGCACUGGCUUGCCAUCAUGAAAGGAGAUCCAUACCUAAAGUUAUUGUGGGCGCAUAUUUUUACAAUGCGUGAAAAGAUGUCAGAAUGGGUUCAGCAUAAAAAAAAGGGUGCAGGCACCUCUGGUGGAACACAUCUUGCGGGCAGAUGUCCUGUAAUACACCAGCCUGCGGCAUCGAGGUGUCCCGUGUCUGGAGCGACGGCCUCUAAUUUAGGACAUCACACUAAAGAAACUGCCAAGUGCCCUGUUGAUCACCAGGCACUUCUAUCUCAUCACCGCGAAGAUAGGGUACCGGAGUCACGACCGGAUUCGGGUUUAUCAGGCGUUUCUGCGCGAGAACCCUUAGAUAGCGCACCGAGGUGUCCCGUUGCUCAUAACUUCUCUGGUUCACCUCCCGGGCUUAAUUCGAGAAGUGGGUCUGAGGGCGCCGGUUCUGGGCUCAAGUGUCCGGUAGCACAUGAUACGCAUGGUGAAAUUCAACCAAGUAACAAGGUAUCUGCCAGCGGGCCUGGUACUAAUGGACGUCCAGCUCCCCUGCUGCCGUCUUUCGACAAAUUAGCAUCGAAGUGUCCUGUGAUACACGAUAAUUCUCCUCCACCGCCAAGCGGACUCGGCCCGAAUCCAAGUAACGUUACUCAAGAUCAAGCCAUUACUGAAAUAUGCAAGCUUUUGCCCCCAAAGAGAAUAAUUGCACUGAUUCUUGACAAAUUCUUCAAGCACAUCUAUCCCGUUAUUCCUAUCCUAGAUGAGCAAAGCUUUAAGCACCAAAUCUCUCAGAUAGUGCAAUCAAAAGAUGAGACUAUUUCGCUUCGGCUUGCAAAGUCCUCGGACUGUUGUACGCUGGGUAUCUUGAUCAUCAUUUUAAGACUUACAUGGUUAUCUCUACCGCAGAACGCUUGUGAGGUUGAUCUUGGCCCACAAUGUGCAGCGUUUUUCGUUCCACGCAUUACUACAUCCACGGUCGCACAAUCUAGAGAAGAGCUAUUGCUACUGAACUUUGAGACACCGGCCGAAACUGUGCAUCUUGUUCGCAAGUACUUGAUUAGGCUUGAUGAAAUGACAAGCUUUUCAAAUAGCAACGUCAACCUAACAACAGUCCAGUUUGCUAUUUUUUACAAACUCUACCUUAUGUGUUGCCCUGAAAAAACAACUGACACCCAGUUGAACGCCUUCACCUCAACAAGCCAGGAUAAUGAAGCACACCAAAUGCUAUUGUCGAGUAUUGUGCAGAUGGCAUUUAGCUGCGGUUUGCAUAGAGAUCCCGAUAAUUUCCCACAGCUUGCAGCCAGUACAAAAGGAAAGCUCAACAAGGAGGCGAUUUCGAAUACCGAAAGGCUCAAGCACACGUGGCGCAAGACGUGGUACAUUAUCGUAUCUCUCGACGUCCAACAAUCCAUUUCCUUAGGGUCCCCACGUUUGUUGCGUAAUUUGCGUGAUUUCAGUGACACUAAGCUCCCGUGCACAUCAAAAAUAGACUAUGUCCGUGACAUCAAGGAGCUCAUUGUUGUAAAGAACUAUACAUUGUUCUUUCAAAUAGACAACUGCAUUGUAGCAGUCCUAAACCAUAUUUUGAAUGUUUCAAUGGCAAAAACAGUCAGAAAGUUCGAAUUAGAUUCACUUAUAGAGAUUUUGAAGAAACUGUGUUUCGGUGGCGGCAACGUCAGUGAAGCUCUCGGUAAACUUGUUAACAAGGGACUUUUGUUCACGACGGAAGGGAGUGCCGACCAGUCAUACGACGAGUUUUACCCUCUACCAUCUUUAGAAGAGGUUCUUUCUCCCCCACCCCCAUCGGAGAAUGAAAAGGACAAAAAAGUGAACUUGCCUCAUGAAAUGACAACUCGUGCCUUAUUCUUCUCGAAACACAUUAUGUUGAGAAUGUUACUGUACCUACUGAACUACAUCUUGUUCACCUACUACGAACCUAAAGGAGAGGUCGAUGCAGAUACGCGUCCCUUGGCGAAGGAAUAUGCACAGGAGGCGCUAAAUUAUGCAAUGGAUGGUUUCCGUAACUGCCUUUUGUUUUUCAGUAAUUCUAAAGCAGGAGAGGGAGGAAACGGAUCUAUUUUUAAUCAUAUGGAAGUUGUGCUUGCUCCUUAUUGUCUGGAUAUCGGCCACCGCGCUCUGCAAUUCAUGGUGUGCCUAAUUUUGCGUGCUCGAUGCGGCCCUCUCACUGGGAUGAAUGAGAGCCCUAUUUUGAGCAGUGGAAAUAACACGAGCGGUAGCGAAGACGAAAACGAGACAAGGAGCUCGGAAGUUAAGAAGAAGGAAGAUAAUGCUGAGAUCGCUGAUGUUACGAAAGAUAUAAGCCUUGAUGUUGGAGAUGAGCUAGCGGAGAUUUUAAUAUCACGUAUGACUCUUUUCCACAAAUUGACAAAGCAGGUUUCUGCUAAAUACCAUUAUGCUAAAAGGAUGAUGAAAUCAACGGGCUUCUUCAUUACUUUACUGAGAAAUCCAUCGUCUAAGUCUCAGUUAGGGGAAAAGAAUUCUUCGGGCUAUAAGUUCCAGCACCCAAGUAUCGCCAAAAUGACAGGAUUUUUCAAGAAUGUUCCAUCGCUAGUGUUAUCGGCUAACGGUGACCAAAUUAAAAGGUGCCCCGUGUACCAAGAUGCAAUAGGGUUCUUACCAAGGAACAAUUCAGUCGUCUCGGGGCCCCGCAGCAAACCUGAAACACCUGUUCAACUUCCUCCAUUCCGUGCCUAUCAACCCAUCACAUAUUUAAGCAAUGACCUCCGUCGGACAUCUGACGUGAGAAACGCAGACAACAAAAGAAGGAAGCUAACACCAAGAGGGUCAGUAACGGGCUCGCCAGUUGAGGAACCCGUUAAGCAAGAGGGCUGGAGAGCAAUGUCACCUCCUGCUCCUAACUUUGGAACGCCAAUCAUGUCGCCAGUUCCAAACUCUCCAGCUUUCAGGACGGACAUUCUCCCUCCUUUGGAGAGGCUGACGGAAACAGCGAGUCCGGCAGCUCCUAACUCAAGGAACAAUAGUAUAUUAUCCGGCCCACCACAUGGGCUAAAUUCACCCGCGGGGAUGUCAGAAAAUUCCUCUGUAAACUACACUCCCGAUUUCGAAGAUUUCUUAAUGCAAAACUCUAACUUUAACGGGUUAAUGAUCAACCCAUCCUCAAUCGUUGAAGCUGUUGGUUUCGACAAUUAUGCACAUAAUGACAGCAGUUCCGUGGGUGCUGCCGCAGACUUUCUGCCAAUCGAUACUACUGAAAUUGACGGUCUCAGCGAGAUCCCUGCCAACCCAGGAUUUCCAGUAUGGGACUAA